AUGCCUCAUUCCAUAUCACAUGGCUCUGUGCAGAAUGACGACGACAUGCCGGACGCCCCUGCUAUCGAGACCUCGACUGAAACCAAUGUCAGACUCGAGGAUAUGUUCAACGACGAUGAUGACGAUGACGAGGAAUUCCCGGCUUCGGGAGAUGUGAAGAUGGAAUCUCCAGCCGCGAACGAACAGCCUCCAGCACCCACACCCUCUGGUGUGGACUCGGAUGUCAUGCUCGCCUUCUAUCAACGACUUUUCCCCUUUCGAUACCUUUUUCAAUGGCUCAAUCAUGGAAUUGUACCAACGAAAGACUUCGGCAACCGAGAAUUUGCCCUGACGCUGCAAAAUGACGCCUAUCUCCGAUACCAAUCAUAUCCAACUGCUGACCUGUUUCGGAAAGACAUACUUAAGAUGAAUCCUUCUCGUUUCGAAAUCGGACCUGUCUAUAGCACCAACCCACGCGAUCGCAAAACGCUACGAGGCGGCCAAAUGAAGCCAGUCUCCAAGGAAUUGGUUUUCGAUAUUGAUUUGACUGAUUAUGAUGACAUCCGUACAUGUUGUGUGAAAGCGAAUAUCUGCGCGAAGUGCUGGUCAUUUGUGACAAUGUCAAUCAAGGUCAUUGACACCGCACUACGGGAGGACUUUGGGUUUGAACACAUCCUCUGGGUUUAUUCGGGUCGUCGUGGUGCUCACGCCUGGGUGUGUGAUCCCCGUGCGCGCAAUCUACCGGAUGAUCGGCGCCGAGCCAUUGCUGGUUAUCUUGAGAUGAUCCGCGGGGGGUCACAAAGUGGAAAGAAAGUCAACAUCAAACGGCCACUACACCCUCAUAUUGUACGCAGUCUUGAGUUGCUCAAGCACGACUUUGCCCGGACCACACUUGGUGACCAAGACACCUUUGAAUCCGCCGAGCAGGCAGAACGCCUUCUGUCCUUAUUGCCUGACAAGACAUUGAACGAAUCCCUGAGGAGGAAAUGGGAGUCCUCUCCAGAUCGUGCCAGCACCAGCAAAUGGGCCGAUAUCGAUUCACUCGCAAAGACUGGUAAGAGCAGCACGCUCAACCCAGCGACGCUCCGAGAUGCGAAGCAAGAUAUUGUUUUGGAAUAUACCUACCCACGCCUGGAUGCCGAGGUCAGCAAGAAGAUGAUUCAUUUGCUCAAGAGUCCCUUCGUUAUUCACCCGGGCACUGGUCGUAUUUGUGUUCCCAUCGAUCCUCGCAAUGCCGAAAACUUCGAUCCUCUCUCCGUCCCGACGGUAAUGACUCUACUCGCCGAGAUUGAUGAAUAUGACGCAAAACACCCUGCCGGCUCAGCGGAGGCUGAUAUCCCUGAUGUGGAAGGCAGUGCGAUGAAUGGCUCCGACAUGAAGGGUGGUCGUAAGGUGCAGGACUAUGAAAAGACCAGCCUGAAACCUUACAUCGAUUUCUUCCGUUCAUUCAUCGCAGGCCUCAUCAAGGAAGAGCGUGCUGGCAAGCGUGAACGCGAUGAUAGUGGCCCUGCUGUCAAGGCCGAUCCUAUGGAAUUUUAA